GCCAAAGAGCCCAAAGCGAUUAUGAAAAUUGAGCAUCUCAACGCCACCUUCCAGCCCGAGAAAAUUGGAAACCCUCACGGGCUGCAGAUCACUUACUUGAAGGACAACAGCACAAGGAAUAUUUUUGUUUACCAUGAAGAUGGCAAGCAAACAGAGGGGUUCAAAAAACGCUGGUUUACUAUGGAUGACAGAAGAUUAAUGUAUUUUAAGGAUCCUUUGGAUGCUUUUGCCAGGGGAGAGGUUUUUAUCGGGAGUAAAGAAAACAGCUACAAGGCCCUGGAAGGGCUCCCGCCGUCCAUCCAGGGGAAUCACUGGCAGUACGGAAUUACCAUCAUCACCCCUGACCGGAAGUUCCUCUUUGCCUGUGAGACCAAAAGCGAUCAGCUCGAGUGGAUCUCCGCUUUUCAAAAAGUGAUCAACAGGCCGAUGCUGCCACAGGAAUAUGCAGGUGAGGCUCCAGCGUUCGGUCUCGGGGUGGAUCCAUCACUUGUACGAUGUUGACGGAAGCCUUCGUCAAAACUGGAACCAGUGCCGUUGUAAUCUCUAAGCAAACCGUUGUAGGUUGAGGACUACUCAUCUUUGGUAAAGAGGCUGGCAAGGUUCCAAGUAACAUACCCAUAACAAACAAAAAU